AUGGCGUCGUUGGUGCUAACGAUAGCAUCUCCGCUGUUGAGUAGUCGGCCUAGGGAAGCCUUGAAGAAGACGAAGAUGAUGUUUACCGAGCGCUCAGUAAAAAUCAGAAGAAGAUGCUCGGGGAAAGAAGAAGUGCUUCUAGAAGGAAUGCCACCGGAGUAUUAUGAUGAUGAAUGGCAAGCUCGGCAGAGGGAGAAGACGAAAGAAUUGCGGCGGAUGCAGCGGGAGGAAGAAGAAGAAGAAGAGAGAAAGAUUGAAGAGUACCGUGAAAUCGGCUUGAGGUUGAAGGAAUUUCCUGAGCAAGACUUGAGGAAAGCUAGAAAGCUCGUCUCCAGCUUCAUCACUGCUGCUGAGGAAGUCGAAGAGAGAAUUGAAGAAGCUGCUGAGAAAGGAGAACUGGACGAGCUUGUCCUCAUGAUCAUAUGGAACCGCCUUGACCUUGCUCGCCGUGAUGACGAGAAGGACGCUAUCAGAAGUCUUGAUCUCUUGUAUAGAAGAGUCGAGACAGAGAUCUUGAAGCGGCAAGCAAGUCCUGCGAUGAAACUCCUGAAUGAUCUUCUAAACAUGCAUGAUGGCUUUGGAGACGAUGCUUGGCUCAAAGAUUGCAGAAAACGAAUGGCUGACACAUUCCCACGGGAAGACCCCUUCAGCAUUCUAAUGCCACCCGGUUUCGACAUUGAUAUGCAUCAAGGACCCUUACGGUCGCCCAUUGAGAUAGACGACACCCUUCUGAGAGUAGACUUUGUUAGAGAAGUGGAUGCAUUGCUGCAUGAAGUGAGAUUAAUAGAGGGAGACGAGGAGGAAUCUGGUAAGAAAGGAGAGCUGCUGGACCCUGAAGCGAUAGCACGUAAGUUGAAGCAGCAAGAGAAGAAGCGAACUAUCCGUCAUGUUGAAGCCCUUCUUGAUUUGGCCCUCAACUUGAAGUGGUAG